UCUCUCUUUGGAUGACAGGUUUCGUUAUCUGAAGUCGUUAAUUUUAAUAAUUAAUUUUAUCAAUUAAUAUCUCAUUUUCCGAGGCAAAGCGACGCUUAUUUCUGCUAGAUUCAUUUGUUUCGCAUAAAAUCGCAUUGAAUGAGUAGAAUAACAGCAAUAUUUGAGGACAUUUUAUUUAAAAAAUGGUUAGUCACUUUGGAGAAGUAAUAUUUCCAUCGUCACGAGCAUUUUGGGAUGACGAGGACGAAUAUGAACUAACUGAUAAUACAGAAAAUUCUCUGAAAUUGUAUGUUUGCUGGUCAAAAGCUAAAUUAAAAUGUAUACAAAAAUUGAUUGUAAUAGAAGGAGAUCCAUUAAUCUCCUUUAUGGAGCAAUGUUUGUGUUCCAGCAAAAUGGAAGAAGUCUGCAUCAUAGAAAAUGAAAAUCAUAAAAGAGUUUCAGUCAUUUAUGAAAUUAAUAAGCAAGCCUAUAUGUGUAUAGUUUUACCACAAUUUGACACAAAAAAUGCUGGAAAACUUGUAAAUAAGAUAUACGACUUGUUGCUGAGUUCGGAGAAUGUUAUUUCAAUAGUGUGUCGUCAUAUAUCUCAGUUUCAAAAUACAAGUAUUCCAGAUACUCCUUCAUUUUUAAGAAUAUUAGCUACCACAACUGCAAAUGUCACGAAAUGUGAGAUCAAACCAUUGGAACAACCAAAUAUUGUGUUUGGAGUUGGUGCAGGAGUCUUAUCUUAUGCUGAACUCAUGGGAAUACCAGCCAAGUUAUAUAUAUUGUACAUCGACAGUUUUGUAUUGGAUUCCAAAUGCGCAGAACCAAUUUUACAAGUUUUAACUGAAGAAAUGCCUUGUAAAUUACAACCACACAAAUUUACAGAAAAUCCUUUCAGUAAAGGAAAUCUUUACAUGUAAAAUAUAAAUGUGUUUGAUUUAUUUUUUCUUUCUUACUGUCUAACCGAUUAUGGCUCUUACUAAUUUGAUUGUUAAGAUUGUAUUGAUCUGAGCUGGAAGAUCUGUUAAGUUUGUAUUUAUGUACAUUAUAGUAUUUGUAAAGAAUUUGUAAAUUUAAGGAGAACAAUACAAUCUAUUUUAUAAACUUGUUUAUAACCAAAUUUUUCAUUUUUAUUAACAGGCAGGUAUUAAAAAAUUAAAAUAAAAUUUAAUAUUUGAAAUUUUUAUGAAGUCAGAAAACGAUUUUGAUUGGCUUACAAGUGCAUGACGUCACAUAGUUUCAAACUUUUUACGCCGGGUUUUACUUAAGGGGGAAAACUCGUUUAAAAGAUGAAAACGAUUUUCUGGAAAUUGCUUAAAUCGACAGCAAAUAUAUCGGGAAAUAUUCCCCUACAGUUGCAGGACCAAAUUCAAAGUAUUUUUCAAGUUAUGAGCCUUAGUAUGAUUGAGAGUCAAACAGGUAAUACGAGCAUGCGAUUUCUUCCGCUCCGACGUUGAAAAGAAAUAUAUAUCCGAUUUAUAAGAACUUGUCGAAUGAUGAUUUUCUUGCCAGGUGUUUAGGCGGCCACACACAAAACCCGAACAACAGUUUCAAUUCUAUGGUGUAAUGCCUAGCUCCUAAGUAUCCUCAUGCAGGUGUUAAAAUCGUUGAAAUUGCCUUCCAUAUUGUUGCAUGCGUUUUUAAUGAAAACUACCGUUGUAUUUUAAAGAUAAUGAAUCACCUCGACAUCACAAUUGGAUUGCAAGCUCAGAAUUUUGCGAAUACGUAUAACAACGGAUUGCGAGGCAACGUUGUAGCAAAACCAAAGAGGUUUGUCAAGUUCGUAGAGCGGAGCAAAUUGCUCAAAACAAGUUCUUUGAGGAAUCUAAAGACUUGAUAUAUGGAGUAGGAAUCGCAGAUGCCUAUGGUACAGGAAAAUUUUCAAAAAAUAGGAUUCUUUUUUGUAAAAACUUUAAACGCGAUUUUGUCAAAACAAGGUUUUUGUAAUUUGUGUACAAAAUAGAAAAAAAA